UACAGCAUGAAAUUCACGACGCUGUUAGUACUGGGGCUGCUGCUAGCCACAGCGCUACUCUGCGAGGCCCAGAAGCCAGGUGGCAAGACGAAGUCCAAGUCCAAGUCCAAGUUGAAGAACAAGACAAAGACUACUGUAGCCCCGCAGGUGGAGAAACAGGAGCUGCAGAAAGCCGAGCCAUGCUCAGCGGACAAGUGCAAGUUACCCGACUGCCGUUGCUCAGAUGCGAUGUUACCAAAGCCCAAGUUUAAGGGCAAAGAGCAAGAGAUACCGCAGUUUGUUACCAUCACCUUUGACGAUGCUGUGAAUGCUGUAAACUAUGCCCAAUACGAGCUGCUCUUCAAUGAUUUGGUCAAUCCGGAUGGCUGUGCCGCAACUGGCACUUUCUUUGUAUCACAUGAGUACACGGACUACGUACGUGUGAAUGCCCUGUACAAUGCGGGCCAUGAGAUUGCACUGCACUCGGUGACCCAUGGCGAUGGCACCGACUAUUGGCGCGAUGCGGAUGUGGAGACCAUUGAGCGCGAGUUUGGAGCUCAGGUGCAGAUGCUGCAGACGUUUGCCAAGAUAGAUGCACAGAGGUUGCAGGGCAUGCGUCUGCCCUUCUUGCAGAUCUCUGGCAACAACAACUAUGAGGCGGUCAAGAACUUGGGUCUGACCUACGACAGCUCGUGGCCGACGCAGCAGCAUAAGAAUCCAGCAAUGUGGCCCUAUACACUGGACUACAUGUCCAUUCAGGACUGCCAGAUUGGCCCAUGUCCUGAUGCUUCAUUACCUGGCGUUUGGGUUAAUCCCAUGGUCACCUGGAAUGAUACUGAGGGCUACAGCUGCGCAAUGAUCGACGCCUGCGUCUAUCCGCCCGCAGACGAAAUAGAUGCCUUGUUCGAGUGGAUGCUAGAAAACUUCAAUCGCCACUACAAGGGCAACCGGGCGCCAUUCGGCAUGUAUCUGCAUGCAGCAUGGUUCGCACGUGGCCGCAACUACUUUGCCGCCUUCAAGAAAUUCAUGCAACAUUUGGCCACCUAUCCGGAUGUGUAUAUGACGGGCAUAUCCCGCAUGUUGGAGUACGUGAAGAAGCCAGUGCUGGGGCAGCCCUUCAAGAGCUGCGAGACGAAGCCCAACGCCACCUGCCAGCCCGUGCACUGCAAUGUCCAAAAGAUGUCCACCGGCGAGACGCGUUAUAUGAGCGUCUGCGACAAGUGCCCAAUUGUUUAUCCCUGGCUAAAUAAUCCGCUGGGUCAGAAUAUGUAAAUGUUGCACACCCAAUAAAC